AUGGCGGUCAUAUAUGGUAUUGGAAAGAGCAAAGAAGUAGAGCCGGUGAACCCCUUGGAAGGUUAGUUUUUUAAUAAAACACGUUUAUCUAGCAGAACAGUUCUGAUAUUGAUCCGAUAUUUAUUACAGAUUCUAACUAUAAUAUAAUUGGCUGGAGUCCACUUUUACUCCAGGAAGAUUUAAACGAAUUGAAGGAAAGAAACCUGGUGGUGCUGCAACAAACAAACCAGAAAACGCAGACGAAGAAGAACCACUAGUACAAGAACAAGAAGAAGAUCAGAUCAAUACCAGUUCCGCUUCCGGGUUUUACUCCUGCCCACAUGAUGGUUGAGUACGGGUCUUUCAGGGGCUUUUUGCAUUAGAGAAGCAUCUUUCCUUGGAGAAGUGCGAACAGAAACUGGAAAGGUUAUCGCUACUUGACCAUGAAAAACUUGGUUAUAAAGAAUAUUUGGAAGAGGGAGCUGGCGUCAUACCCACUCUAAAUCCAACAGUGACAGCUACAUCUUCUGCUUCCCCUAUUGUAUCUGAAGGUUGGGCCCUGAAGGCAAACAAGAAGUCAUACCACUUCAAUGAAAAACAGAAGCAGUAUUUGCAAGCAAAAUUUAACAUCGGUCAAGAAACUGGCAGGAAAAUGGAUCCAAAUGUUGUUUCAUCACAAAUGAGAAAAGCUCUUGAUUCAUACGGGAAACGCCUCUUCAAUGUCAGUGAAUUCUUGUCGCCACAACAAGUGAAGUCGUAUUUCUCACGUCAUGCUGCAAAGGUCAGACAACAAUGUGAUGUUGUGUCUGAAGACACCGUUGCAGCUGACGAAGAAGCCAAUUUCUGUUCAUUACGAGAGGCUGCAUGUUCUAACAUCCAAUUGCAGCAUCCUAUUGAGUUCAACCAGUACAAUAUUUGUAUGAUGUUUUCAGAGGAUUCGCUACAAAAGUUGAAGCUUGGAUUGUUGCAAGAAAUGUGCGAAUGUCUACAGCUAGACGUACCAAAGAAACGAAUGCGACGAAAGGCACUAUAUAUGACUUUACUAAACGAAGCUGUCAGCACAUUGAAAAGGUAAAUUUUCAAAUGAUAAACGAGCUUCACGCAGACUGCAUAUAAUCCCUAUAUCUGUUAAUAAUGUUAAUUGAUGUCGUCCAUAAUUAUUUGAUCUUCCGAUAGAAACCGAAAUGAAAUAUGAGGUAUUGCAAAAAGUCAUUACAAUUUAUUGCCCUACAUAAACAUGACUUCACUUAACUUAUAGUGUUGCGUGACACUUGUAAUCAUACAAUUUACAAAAUAGAUAGACUUGGUUCAGAUUCUUGUACGGUUUAUAACCGACAUCUAUUUUAAUCGAUAUUCUUUUGUCAUCCACAACAUUUCAAGUAAUGAAAAACCCGAUUUAGCAUAAUUAAUCAUGCAUGCCGAUAAUGUCCACGCAUGAGGUCAAAACUGAAAAAAUCACUGUAACCACUAUUCUUACAAUCAUAUUGCAAUACUAGAGGGUAAGGUAUCCUUUAAUACUGUUACAAGGAGUUUGUUACCAAAAUCAUGGGAGGAAUAUAUUGUUUAUUGGAGAAGCGAUUAUUGAAUUCGUAUCGGAAAGUGUAACAAAUGGGUCAUCUUGAAAUUUUUAUUCAGAGGGUACGUUCUUUAAAUUUCCCAAGCGGAAAACUUCUCAUGUUUAUAAAAUGAUAACCAAACUUUAGAAUAGUGCAAGCUUUGUGUCCGAAACACAUAUACCAGAAAAAGUUUUGGCUUUCUGAAUAUUAGCAUUGUUUACACGUGUUCAUAUGCUGUCAAAAGUCUAUCGUAGAAAAUGCCCCAAAACAAAGUAAACAUACAUCAAACAGAAAUAAAUAUUAGUUAAAAGUCAGCUUUUUGAGUUGUUUAUUAACUGAAUUUAAUAUCAAUUUUGUUCCUUUCUUACUACGAGUAAACGAGCGCGUUGAAGUUUGAUAUUAAUAGACUUCCAUAAAUAGCUGAAAACACGCCAGUCAAACGGAUUUUGGAAAAUUUUGUAAAUCUAACAAAACAAAAAAUUCUCCAGGGCUUUUAAAUAUAAGUUUCUGAAACAGUUCCCUAAAGAGAAUGUUUUGGUGAAAUAAACAGAAUUUCGGGGAUUUUAACUGUCGCGAGAAUCUCGAUUCUUACAGACAUCUGCUCUUAAUUAUCCUAAGCACGCUGUCACCAUGGUAACGGACAUUCAGCGCAAAAGUAGUAAAUUGCAAUGUUCAGGAGAGCAUUGUCAAUGUGUCCAAUAAAUUUCGUCUUCGUGUCAUGUAAAGUGAAGAAACAGGAGUUUUCUGGAUACAAAAGUGUAGUAUAAUGCAAAAACCCUAUGGAUAGAGAGCCACCUUAAAAUAGUUUUUUACUAUUAUUUUAUGACUUUUAAACACAGAAAUCACUCGUGGUCACUCGUGGUCAUUCGUGGUCACUCGUGUGUACUUUUAGACAAGACCAAAAUAAACAGAUACGAAUCCGAUUAAAAUUGCAGGGCGAUAUCACAUAGGCUAACUUAUGCCUUUUAUAACAAUGCAUGAGCUUGAGCUGGGUUUACAAUUUAAAACAUCUUAAAGUUUAUCACUAAUAAAUCUCAUUGUCAGUGUUUCAUAUGACACAUAAACCUAACAAACUAAACAAAGAAUCACAACAUUCCUAUAUCUCAAUUCUCAUACGUAACUAUGAGAAGAAUCCACAUAACGCCAGUGUUUCUUUUGUCAAAAAUAUAUGUUAAAAUAACCCAAAACACUUUUUAUCGGCUUUAUUGUCGGCACUCGGCAUAAUUCGACCAAAUCACUCUGCUUACUCGGCUCCAAAGCCUUCCAGGCACUUCCUGCCAUAUAGAACUAUCUUAAUUUGUUAAAAUUUUCGAAUAAUUCGACGCGAUACAAGAAAAAACAAAUCCGAUCCGACAAAAAACCUACAAAAACCGAUGCGAUCCGACAACAAAAAAAUGAAAUCCGAUCGGAGUGAAUAACUGUCCCGAUCCGAAUCCGAUCGGAUUGGAUCGGAUUCGGACUCUGAUCGGAUUCGCACACCUUUAAAAGGGAGGUAUAUAUUUACCCAAUAUGAAUACUGCCGUGUAAUUUGAAAACCACUAGCUCAACAAGAGUGGUCAUAUUGGCCUAAGGCUAAGUAUAAUUUCAUGCUAUUGUGUCACAAAAAAUGGUCGUCUGUCUUAGCAGAUAUUUUGCUACUCAUCCAAUCAUAUAUAAAUAAAUAAAUAAAUAAAUAAAUAUGCUGGACACGUUAGUGGUAUUGCCAUAUUGCUUUUUUUUCCUUUGCCGGUCGUCCAGUCGUCUGGCAAUACAUUCAUUCAAUUUACUGUUCAUCCGGAAUGAUUUAGUAAUUUUUUUCCUUUAGAGCCAGUGAAUCCACUCACAACGUCCUUUCACACUCUGACCUUAAACAUACCCAAACGAGGAGAUUAUACCAGGUAGGUUUUCCAUAAUUUCCAUGCAGCGAUACAAUUUUAAUUUAAAACUCUUUCUCAGCAGGGUCAAUUACGCGUAGAACGUGCACGAUCUACGGAUGUUUCAUUAAUAACCACCAUUCUAUUCAGUAUAAAAAUAUAUACUAAUUUAUAACGAUAGUUUUAUUCAGUGGCUAAGAGUUAUGAUAAUAAUCGUUUUAUUAACAACCAAUAUUGCAGUUAGAACUAAUCGCACUGGUCUUACAACUGUACGAUACUAAGAUAUUUUUUACAUCUGUACGAUACUAAGAAUAUUGAAAGUAUAGAAGUCACAAUCGUUUUACAACUAUAAAUUCCUGUAUAACUAGAGUGAUGCAAUAACAUGCGAUUUAUAAGAAUAUUAGAAGUCAGUGACUGAUGAGAGUUAAAAAAGUUUCGUGUUGUAGGCCUAUAUAAUGUUGCAUUCUGUCAUUGAUAUAGUAUGUAGGUUUUAUGUCAAUCCGAAACUCAAAUUAUUUACAAGUUCGUUUUGUUAUGUGUUGGCACUAAUGGCUUCAUAUAAAGUGUUUAGAACGACUCUUCGCUAUCUAAUGGCAAUAAUUUUGGUGAUAAUUAUUGCAAAAUCUCAAUUUAUUAUCGGUAGAACAAUAGUUUAGCGCACCUCACAAGUUCUUCCUUCGAUUAAAAUGGACAGAUCAGCUUCCGGGCGUUUACAUUUCUCCCUCUCACUAGAAAAGUCCUGUAUAAUAAGCCGAUUUACUUCAUCUUCCCGGUGUUAGUGGCGGGGUUAAUGGCGUUAGCUUUAAUAUAAUUUUCCAUAAUCGUCUCAAGCAUUACCCCUUCUAAAUCGGCAGCUAAUAAUGCACACCGAUGGACAGUCACAUGCAAUAAGAUCCUUGCAUUGAUUUGCAAUGCGGGGAGUCACUUCUCACCUCAAUGUUAUAUGUGUUCGCCGACUAUAUAGUAUCGUUCCUAGCCAAGAAUUUUGACUUUUGGAUUUUCGGUACAUGCUUCGACCACUGAAUUCAUCUCGGUUGCGCUUAGUACACAAUCGGACAUCAGCUGCUUAUAGUCUCACUACGAACACAUAAGUUUUUAUUCUUUUUCAUUUACCAAUUGAAAAAGUUCAACUCAGCUCCAAGCCAGUUCUUUAUAUAAUUUAAUGAGCAGUCUCAACUCCGCUGGAUCGACUUCGAUCGACUAUAUAAGCUUAAUAAGAUUAAUUUUUUAAUCCUAAGAUAAAUAACACAACUAACACAUGAAUCCUACAUCCUUCAACCUCAGACCAUUAUCCGCGUCGAGUUAAUUGUGUCUCGGUUGUCACAUUGUAGAACAUUUAUCUUAGCUAUCCUUAAACACAUGUUGUAGUAGGUCAUUGAUUACCAACCGAAAGUCGUUAAUCAUUAAAACAGUGUGUACAAAAUGUGUCUUUCUUGCAUACUUAUAAAAUGAACAUUUAAGGAGUAAGCCACUCCUCUAGCUGCGCUAUCUCCUAAUAUAUUUCGGUUCGACGGAUCGGUACUUAUAUUAAUACUGCUGCAUCUGUCUAACUGCCAAAUUCUCUCGGCGUACUUUUAAAUCCUUAUUUUGUACUAACUUCUUCUGUAUGUUAUUCUCAAGUAAUAACACUUUCUUUUGUUGCUAUGACAUAAUGUUUAAUGAUUUAGAGGAGUGAUGGUCAUCGUUCAAAAUGCCAAAAGCAGUUCAGUACUAAGCGAAAAUCUCAGAACAAACGAGCUCAAACCAUACCAGGCGAACACGAAAGAUCCUUAUGUCACUGCUUAUUUAAAAGCGGAUGUUUUGCCUUUGGUUUUCGUGAUCGGUGAUGGCAAAGACUACAAUUCUGAAAAAGAAAAAUAUUCUAACCAACCUCUCAAACAAAAUUCAACUUAUAUCGUGUUCCUGAGAUUUUUUGAAAGUGAGGUAUGAGAUGGGGCUUAUUCGGGUAAUACAUGUACAUUUCUCCGAUGAUAAUGCGAAGUAAAUAAAAUAACUUAACUAGUAUUAUACUUCCAUUUAGGGCUCAUACUACUCGACAAAAUGGAGUGGCAAUGUUACAACAAUGAUAAGAGCUCCAGGUAAGUUAUCCCUGUUUACUUAACUUAUUCAAUAUCUUUUUUCAUUACAUAAAUUGCUCACUACCUAUAGAAAACGUUCAAGAAUAUGGAUUGACAAAUGAUCAUUUAGAGAAAAAUUUCUGAUCGAUACAUUGCUGUUCAGCAAGUAGCAACGUGUAGUGUUGAAAUUCAUCAGACCAUGGCAAGUACAACAUCUCUCGCUUCAAAGUUCAAACGCUUCGCAAUCUUCAAGUAUUCAGGUCGAGAAUCUUCAAAACUACUUUGGCUCUCUGUUUAGCGGGUUUUCCAUUUCAAUUUUCGUAUAUUUUAUCGAAAAAGUCUCUGUAUUUUCGCUGUAUAUUUUCGCGAAUUUGUGAUCAAAUUCUGUUGACAUUUGUUGUUGUUUUCAAUAGCGUGGAGUAGCGAUUCUCUGAUUGGUUAAUUCACGAUUGUUGUGAGAACUGCACAUUUCAUCAGUGAUUUUAAUCAAGUUAACCGUCGUUUCACCGUAGUAAUUUUAUAAAACAAUUACCAAAUGGUUUUCCCGUGCAGGAUAGCAUGAUCCAUGCACUUGGGAUGUUGCUCAACUUUCGGAAAGCGUAAAAAUACACUCGCCUACGGCUCGUGUAUUUUCACGCUUUCCGAAAGUCUCGCAACAUCCCGCGUGCAUGGAUCACGCAAUCAUGCACGAAAAACCAUUCGGUAUUCCUUUAAUAACAAUGAGAAAUUGAUGUUUUGCUUGUGAAUCUUGAAAUCACCAGUGAUUACAAGUAUAGCCCUUGAUUAUAUAUUCCUUGAUAACAUAUUGCGCUGUUAAUCACCAAAUUUCCUACUUUCUCGCAGUGCUCUGUUCCGUUCUUGCUCAUACUGAAUUCGCAAGUGAAAUUUUGUCAAGCAAACUUCCAAGUGAUUUCAGCGUUCCUUGAUAUAUACAGUAUGUUGUACCAGUGUCCUUUUCCGCAUUUAGACAAAGCAAAUGACGUCAGCAGCAGUGGAACAAAAUGGUGUAUUGUUGUCGUAUCAUUGAUUUCUGGAAUUAUCAUUGGAAUUCUUCUUUCCUACAUUGUCUCAUGUUAUCGUCGUAAAUUGAGAAGUACAAAAUCUCAGUCAAACACUGAGCCACAAGAUGACGCAACUUACCAAGGGCUAGAUCUGACAAAAAUGAACGCGGAAGAUAAUUAUGAAUCGAGAGUGAAUACCGCGUGUAAUGACACGGCAAAAGACGAUGACUCUGCUUAUACUUUAGUUAGCGACAAAGUUGUGAAGAGUUAA